UCUCCAUCCUGCUUCACAGCUCCCCGGCCAACCCUCCUCCAGCCUUGAGGCUCUACAGCCUCCUACCACGUCCUCACCUCCCUCUGUCAUCUGGCUGCAGGGACAGCCUAGACCCAUCAUACCUGGGAGUCCAGUUUUUUCGGAUGCCCCCUCCAUAAACAAUGUCCUCAAGGACUCCAGAAAUGUCAUCUCCCACGAAAAAGAAGAGUCUGAGAAAAAGGUUGAUAGGACUGUUCUCUAGGAGUGAAUCAAACUUGAAAGAUAAAGACAGGAUCCCCAGUGAAGAAAGCACGUCUCCCUCUGUGGAUAGCAGUAAGCAUGGAGCACAGCAUCUGGACAAGAAGGGCAGGCACAGCUGGAGUGAGAAGAGGGGGAAAAAGAAUAGGCAUGAAUCAGUUGAUGGAGUAUCAGAAGGAGCACAGAGUCUUCCACGUCUCAGACACCCCAGACCUGAGGAUACCAUACAGAGGAGAACGUCAAGGACAUCAAAGACUCGCUCUCUUAGCUACUCUGAUUUGGACCAGCCUGCAUCUGGUUUUCUACAACGGUUUGGGAGCCUGUCCUGGCGUAAGAAAAGAUACAGUGCCUCUGAGUAUAGUGACCCAAUUGCUGGUGAAUCCACACCAACUGACUCUCACAGCUCCAUGACAUUGACUAUAGACAGUGAGGUUGGUGUGUGGAACAGGCGGCCCAAAUCCUGCAUAGUGGAAUCUCACUGUGAAUCUCCCACUUUGAAAGGUUCCAAGGAAAUUAAAAGGACUUCUGAAUUAGCAAAAUCUUUUGAUUGCUUUCCAGAUUUUCUUGGGCAUCCCUACUCUAGUACUGGUCUUUCUGAAGGGGAAAAUGCAACACUGCAGUCCUCUCUAACCCUUUCUGAGAAUUUGUAUGGAGAAGAGGAUGAGUCUCUUCCCCACUGGGCAGAGAAUAUACUAAAGGAGUACCUGUCACCAAGACAGGUAAAUGUGGGCUCCCCACUUUAUCCUCCAGUUUUGGGGGUCUUAGAAGAGGAUGAAGAACCCAUGGUAUUCCAGAGCCCCAUUUAUUACCAUCAUCAUUCAACCAGUGAGAGCAUGCAAUCUGUGAAUUCUCAGAAUCAGAAAAAAAGCCACAUUCUUGCUCUGGAACCCAGUAAUACCAUUAGUGAUAUACAAGUAUUGAAUCCCCCUUUUAGGAGACAACUGGAGCCUAGCAUCCUGGGGCAAGGAAGCAUAAAGAAUCAAUCCCACAAACCGCAUAAAUCUAAGUACACUAUCAUUCUCACCCAAGAUAAAAUUGAGAAGGAACCCAGCCAUACUCUUGGCUCUGUCCUUAUUCAGGAUGAAUCUCAUAUUGUCACUCAAGAUAACACACCCAAAAAUCAAACUCCAAAGAAAUUAAAGUAUAUAGUAGAGAGUGGAACUACUCAAAAUCAAGUAACCCUGAAGAUGAAACACUGUCAAGAUGAGGUAGAUCUAGGAACCAGUGAGGUACAAAGUCCCCCCUUUAAACUGGAAUAUUUCAAUUAUGGGAAAGAAAAAAAUGACACCCCCUUAUAUUCCAGCAUUUUGGGACAGAGCACAAUACAGAACAUUUCUACAGUCUCACCAGCACAGCUAAAAUUAUACAAGGAUCACCCAGGAGAACAGAAAUCUCCCAUCACAUCAAAGAUCCGAUAUGAAGUUAUCAUCACAAUGACCAAAGAGGAGAGCGAGAAGGAAGGAGAGGAGGUGUCAGGACUGGGAGUGAACCUGCUGAGACAAAAUGAACUUGCAGGACCAGAUCUGAAGCUGUCACCUUCAUUGGAAUCUCAAGCAUUUGGCUAUCAUGGGGCGGGUCCCGCAGAAGUGACAGCUCAGGAACAUUUGGGUUCACACACUCAGACAGAAGAGUGUUCAGGACACGAGGAGGACAUCCCCAAAGAAAAGAAGGGGGGAGAGAAUUUUGAGGGGGCACAUCUGGACAGAUCUCUAGUUGACGAGUGCUCCCUUUUUCCUUUUGGCUUUGAGCAAAAAGUUGAAAACUGCAGACUUCAUUCUUCUAAGAUGGAAAAAGAAGUCAGCCUGCUGAGAGAGCGUCCCUGCAGCCCGUAUAGGAGUCAGCAUCCAAGCACGCAUCACGUCGAGAAACCUCAUGGGCAGCUGAAUCCUAGGCCAGGGAAGAUCAUUAUAUUCUCGGAGCCUGAGUUCAAGGGACAGAAGCAUGAGAUCUACAGUGACGUGGGUAAUACAAGUGGCUGGGAAUUACCGGAUUCCAUCUCUGUGCGUGUUGUUCGAGGGGGAUGGCUACUGUAUGAGAAGCCACUGUUCCGUGGAAAACGAUUAAUGUUGUUGGAAGGUGACACAGACCUGACUUGUCCAUGGAACAUACAGAAGAAAACAAACAAAGAAGAUACCAAUGGACACAAUUCGUGGAUUGGAUCACUGCGCCAUGUGGUUAAGGAUUUUCAAAUUCCACAGAUAAGUCUGUUCCCUGAGCAGAAUGGGGAAGGUGAGAAAGUGAAAAUUGUCGGACCAGCUCCAGACACACAUGCAUUUGGCCAGCCGAUCAAGACAGAAUCCAUCAUUGUUCACAGUGGCCUCUGGCUGUUAUACAGUAAGCCAUUCUUUGAAGGGGACCCAUAUAUUCUGGAGUCUGGUGGAUACCCCAACAGGAAAUCCUGGGGUGGACUGGAUUCCCAUUUAUGUUCUUUGCAGCCUGCACGUAUUGGAGGCCCCACUGUAGAGAAACCAAAUGAACCCAAGCUGCAUAUUUUUCAGUAUCCUGCAUUUGAGGGUCAUAUGUGGGAGGUUACCAGAGACCUACACUCUGUACAGGUGGAACUCCUAACCAAUGUGGGCUCUUUGAAGAUCCUCGGAGGGUGCUGGGUUGGAUAUGAGAAAGAAGGUUUUAGGGGUCACCAGUACCUGCUUGAAGAAGGUGAAUUUAGAAAUUGGUCUCAUUGGGGAGGCCGUACAGAGGAACUAGGAUCGCUUCGCCUUAUCCGCACGGAUUUUUCUGAGCCCGAGAUAGUACUGUAUGAGGAUCCUGGAUGCUCAGAAGGUCCAUGUCUACGUCUGAAUGAAGCAUUGGCUGACAUAGAAGUGGCACAAUACAGAUCAAAGACAGGUUCCAUCCAUGUGCUAAGUGGGGUGUGGGUGGCAUAUGAGAAUGUUGAUUUUUCAGGAGAGCAGUACAUUUUGGAAAAAGGGACCUAUCACAAUUACCAAGAUUGGGGAGCUGAGAACUCCACGAUUUGCUCUUUGCAGCCAGUAUUACAGCUUGGAGGACAGAAUCUACAUUAUGUAUCUAAGAUCCAGCUGUUUUCUGAACCAAACUUCCAUGGUGGUUGUCUGAUAUGUACAGGGGAUCACAUAUUACUUCCUGAAACCUUUUCUCCCGAGUCUUGUCGUGUGGAAGGAGGCAGCUGGAUUCUGUAUGAGGGAGAGGAUUGCACUGGUGAGCAGUAUGUUCUGUCAGAGGGAGAAUACCCCACACACACUGCUAUGGGAUGCCUCACAGUCUGUGUACUUCGCUCUCUCCGGAAGGUGCCUUUUUAUUUCUCUGUUCCAUCUAUCUCACUUCAUGGCCUGGAAAGAUUUGAGGGGAAGGAGUUGGAGUUUUCUGUGGAGAUUCGGAGUCUACAGGGAGAAGGCUACAAUAACCAUGUGUUGUCCGUGAGGGUCGAAAGUGGAAUAUGGGUUCUGUAUGAACACAGUGAUUUUAGGGGUAGGCAAUGGCUACUGGAAAAGACCCAGAUCCCUAAUUGGCUGCUCUAUAGUGGGCUACAGAGAGUUGGAUCACUAUGUCCCAUUCGACAGAGGAGAGUGUAUAUCCGUAUUCGGAACAGAGCCUUGAAUCUCUUCCUUAGUGUCCCUGAACAAGCUGAGGAUAUGAAAGCUGCACGUGUUUUGGUCACGGAACCAAAGGAAGGAAGCUGUGAGUUGUGGUAUUAUGAAGAAGGACAUAUCAAGAAUCAGAUUGCUCCUCACAUGAGCCUGCAAGUGGUUGGAAAACCUGGUCCUGGCACCAAAGUAGUUCUCUGGGCCGAAGGGCGCAAGCCCGUUCAAACAUGGAGUUUGCAAGAUUCUGGUUACAUAAUUAGUCACACUUUCCAGGGCAUGUGCAUUGAUGUUAAAGGCGGAAACAGUUAUGAUUCGGACCAUGUAGUGGUGUGGGAAAUGGAAGAGGAUAGAUGUACUCAACAUUGGGACGUAGAAGUGUUCUAAGAUGACCGCACAUACUACACUUGGGGUGUCAAAAACACAAAGAAUUCUUAUUUCUCAAGUACUGGUCCUUAAUGUUGCUGUGUCCUGGUGUUUGUAUGCGUGUGACUCAUUAAUUGGACAAAGGAAUCUGCCCCCCAAAUCAAUUUUACUGUAUACCUCAAUAUCAGAUCUAUUUAAUGAUCGCACACUUCACAGACUCAGCUUUCACUUACUGAUAAGAUAUUGAUGAGCAAAAAGGUCGCUGGCAUAUUGGUCCUCUGUUAUGACUUGGAAUUUCAUCUCAAAAGCUUCUCGAACUUCUCCCACCUUACCCGCCUUUCCCAUAUCUAGAAAAUGUGAAAACUCUAACCAGAAUACAUAGGGAUGGGCCUGAUGUGCUCCAAAUAGUAUUAAUGAGUGCCUAAGUGUUUCAAGCCCAGAUACAGGACUAUUUAUAAUAAUAUAUUUUUAUACAGCACAACCUGAUCUUCAACUUUUUUUUCUUACUCACAAACUGUUGGUGGUUUUGUAUAUAUUCUUUUUGGGACUUAUUAUAAAUGGCUGAACUUCUCUUGAGUUUUAUUGUGAAGUUUAUUUUAAUGUUCAGGGUAAUUAUGGUGUUAUGAUAAUUUGCAAGGAAACCUUUACAAGAAAAAAAAAAAAAGCACUGAUCUUUAGACAACUCGCUAUUAAAUAAUAAAAUAAAGUACUGCCACUUGGUGAUGAAAACAUUUUUAUUUCACAAAUAUGUUUACAGUUAACAACAGGUUUGUAGGUUAUUUUGGUAAAUGUUGGAGAGUUAUUAAAACCAGAAUGGAAGGAG